AUGCCGUCCAACACCCAUCCUUCCGCCCGGGCCGUCCUUGCUGGACUUCCAGCCAGCUUCCCAGAGCUGUACACAUUCAGCGAUGUGGUUCGUGUCAUGGAAGUUGCGAAGAAGUACGGCCAACCUGAAGGCACUCCAAUCACCCACACGCCCGAAUACACUCGUCCCGGUGGCCCCAACGCCUACGUAUGCACCGAGAUCGAGGAGGGUUGGGUCCAGGGCUUCUUCCCAGGGAGUCUAUGGCUCAUCGCCGAGCGGGAGCGGCUCCUUCCGGGUAGCCUCAAGAACAAGCACGGUGGUCUCAAGACCCCAGCAUAUUCUCUCGAUCAGGUGGAGACUCUCGCUCGGCGAUGGCAGAGUCCUUUCCGCCAUCAGGCUCCCUCACCGGCUAUCAACCAUGACCAGGGUUUCAGGUUCCAGCCUUGUUACGGCCGCGACUAUGAAUUUUACAAGACGGAAGACUGCCGAAAGGCCCUCCUCGAGGCCGCGGACUCGCUUGUCGACCGGUACGAUCCAAAGUGCAUGCGGUCGUGGGAUUUCAUGUUCAGGGAGGAUAAGCCAAGUCGACACCCCGGAAACCUCGACCAGCACUUCCUCAUGAACCUUGACCUAAUGUACCUGGCUACCGAACUGACUGGGGACAUGAAGUAUGCCGACAUAGCCACUGCCCAGGCGGAACGCAUGGGCCAAACCCAUGUCCGUCCAGAUGGGACCACGUACCACGUCGUCGACCACGGUAGUGACGGAUCCAACCCUCAAGGAAUGACAGCCCAAGGAUAUGCCGACGAGUCAUGUUGGGCCCGUGGCCAGGCGUGGGUCAUGUACGGAAUGGCGCAGUGUGCACUGCGUACAGGCCGGGCCGACUUCAUAGCAACCACGCGUCGCCUGACCGACGUCUUUCUUGCACGGCUCCCUCCCUCUGGGGUGCCGCUCUGGGACUUUGACGCGCCCAAACCGUGUCCGUACGACGCGUCCGCUGGCACAGUGGCUGCGCGUGCGCUGCAGAUGCUCUACGUUCUCCUCCGCGAGUCGAACGAAGCUGCGGCCGAGCAUUACCUCGACGCCAGCUUCCGACUUGUGAAAGACAUUCUUCUCGAGUGUGCGGCUCCCCCCGCAACGUUGAACUCCGAUGGGGUGCAAUGGGGCGAAGGCGAAUGGGAGCCCAUUCUUAUGCACUCGACCAUUGACGGAAACCCACACUCGGCGGGAGCGAAGCUCGACCACGGCUUGGUUUAUGCUGACUAUUACCUGCUGGAAUUUGCCAACGAAGCCCUCAAGCUGCAGCGCGAGGAACAGAGGCGCACCAAAGAGUACGCGUCUUUGUAA